UACUAGCUAGUGAUAUUGAUAGAAAUACAGAUUGCUUAAGAAGUGGAAUCACCGUGCAGAUCCUCAGCGAACCAAUCAUCUUCUUGUCAGUUGAGAUUCCAUGUUUCUUCGCAAUGGAAUCAUAUACUCUUCUGCUUUCUGGUUGGUUAGUGUAUCUGUCGAAAUGGGCUAGUUAUCGUAAAGUUAAAGUGAAGCUUGGGAUGACUCAUGGUGGGCCACACAUCUCCCCCAAUCACACAAUAUAUUUCUGAAAUCCUAUCUUCAUGAAUUUUCUCAACUUCAAGUACGAUCACGAUGUCGACAGUGGGUUGCGAAAUCGAUUCAAAGAAGAACAACAGACGAUCGUUCUCUCCAUCAUGCAUUCUCCUCCUCAAUGGAUUCCCUGGCGUCGGAAAACUCACUAUCGCCAAAGCUCUUCAAAUAAGGCUCAGACACAACAAUGCACCACAUCGCCUCAUAGACAACCAUCUUCUCAUUGAUCCUGUGGUUACCAUCGAACCAGAACGAAAUACAGCCCACUACUUCUUGCGAAAAUCCUUCCGGAGGACAGCCUUCGAACGGUUAAAAGCAUUGAAGGAGGAAGAACUUGUCCUCAUAUUCACAGCCUGUUUAGUAACGUCAAGGGUACCAACAGCGUAUGAUGAUAUUGAACAGUUUGGUGAGUAUGUAGAUUUCGCUGAAGCUAAAGGUGUCCCUUUAGUCAUGUUCAAUAUUGUGUGUGAUCUUAGCGCGAACUGUGGAAGACUAUAUAGCGAGGAGAGAAGAAAAGGGGCUGUGGGUGGCAAGACUAAGUUGGUAAACAUUGAAGUUCUCGAGAAAAUCAGGCAGGAGACCUCAUUGUUGGCUCGUGAGCAGGUCAUGGCUUGCAAAAAGGGAGUAAAUAUUGUUUAUUUCGAAGUGGAUACUUCUGAUUUGGCGGCUGGAGAUGCGGCCGAAAAGGUGUGGGAUCUUUUAGACAAAAUAUGAAAAGACAGAUAUAAGAAUUUGUCGGCCUUUUAUUGGUUAUAAUUCAAC